AAUAAAUACAACAUGCAAAGCAUUGCCUUCCGCCAGAACGUUUUUCGACGAACAUUUCAGCUUACGAGCACUCGAUUGUACACAGCAGCCGCUAAUGAUUCACUGCAUAACCGACUUAAGGCCGAUCAAAAGACCUACAUGCGUGGGCGAACACAGCCAGAUCUCACCGUAGUCAAAUCGAUUCUCUCCGAUCUCAUCUACUUGAAUAAGUCUCCUACACCACCUGCCACGCCUGAUGAAGGUAUUCUGACUAUCCUUCAACGUUCCAUCAAGAAACGUCAAGAGUCCAUUUCACAGUACCAAUCAGCUGGACGCCAGGAUUUGGUUGAUCAAGAGCAGAAGGAAUUGGAGGUUCUCAAUCGCUACAUGCCAACACAGAUGUCCGAUGACGAAAUUCGCGAUGAAGUCCAGCAAAUUGUACAAAACAUUGGCGCCGCGUCUAUUAAAGAUUUGGGAAAAGUCAUGAAGGCUUGGGCCAUAGACAGCUCCAAGGCCGACAAAAAGAAAGUCAGCGAAAUGGUCAAAUCCGUACUUGAUGCCAAGUAGUUACGGACUUGUCAGAAUUGAAUUCAUGCCAUCCCAUAGACUGCAUAGAGGCCAUAAUAACAAAAGCAGAAAGAAGUACAUUUUUAUAUAUUGUAUAAGCAGAAAAACUUAUAUUGCAUACUCACAUGUCCAAACCAACACAAGUUGAAGCGUAUGAAAUACAGAAAAAAUCAAUUUUCAAUAAUUUUUCUGG